UUUUGUUUUCUCAAUUAGGUGGUUUCGUUUUUACAAGUUAAAUAUGUCUACAAAGAAGAAAAGUAGUGGUCGUCAAAGUAAUUUGUUUACAUUCUUCCAAAAAACGCCAAAAACUGAAAAAUCUGAUGAAAUAACACCAAUUCAUGGGGAUUCUGGCAAAGAUAAAAUGGUUGAUGAGGCGAUUGAUGAUCUUGAAAAUAUUCCUACUAAAAAGAUAACAACACCUUCAAAUAAAAAUAGCCCAAAAAUUGCUAAUGGAACAAAUAAACCUAAAAUAACAACUACACCAUUAUCUGUUAAAAGAAAAUUAUCCAAAACUGAAGAAAAGCAAGAUGUUUCAAUUAUUUUAGACGAUGAUAGCAAUAGUGGAGAGAAUGUGGAGGGGUUUUUGAGUUGUGCAGGGUCUUCAUUUACCGAUUCUCCUGCCUCCCCACAAUUUUCCUUUAAACGACGGCGUGCAAUUAUUUCUUCUGACGAGGAAGAAGAUGAUGAUUUAAAUAAAUCUAAAAGUGAUAGAAAAAUUAGGAAAAAUGAAGAUAAAGUCGAUAAAAAUUUAAUUGAAGUUAAAGAAGUUUUAAAUGAUUUAAAGAGAGGAAAUGAUAGUGAAAAGAUGAGUAUUUCUGAAGAAAAAAUGGAACAAGUUGUUCCAAUUGUUGAUGACGAUAGCUGUCAAUUAAUUAGCCAGGAGAAAGAAAAUAAAUCUACAGUGAAGGCUCAUUCAUUUAUUGAAUUAUUUAGUUUUUCUAAUAACGAUGGUGAAGAGAUUAUCUCAGACCAAAAACAACAAAGUAAAUCAUCUUCCAAUGUCUUAAAAACCCCUAAAUCAACCAAAGCUUCACACGAAGAAGAAAACAAAGCCGGUGACGAUCAUUUUCCCCAUCUGGAUUUUGAAUUUUUAAAAAAGCCAAGAGAUGCACAAAAAAGGAAACCAACAGAUCCAGAAUAUGAUUCUCGAACACUUUUUGUUCCUCCAGAUUUUCUUAAACAACAAUCGCCAGGUUUUAUUUUUUUUAUUCUUUUAUUUAUUAAUUUAGGUCAUCAACAAUGUUGGUAA